AUUACUUUUUUUAUGUCGUCGUUGUUUGGGGCAGGUGUGAGAACAAACCGGAUUGGUUAUUCUAACAAAAAGUGCGUUUUGAUUGGUUGUUGGAUUGGCGACGUCAAACGUCAAAAUAGAUUAUCUUAAAACGUUUCUUUAAUUUUUUUUUUCUGAUUUUACAGUUACAGUCCCAGAGCUGAAUGGAUUAAUAUAUGCACUUCUUUUUCAAUUUGAGUUUUCUUUGCUUAUUGUUUCUGAUGUUGACUCCGCCCACCAGGAAGUAAAGCGGACCUUCACAACACUUUCAGUUUGAACAUGAGAAAAGUUAGUCAAACAAAGCUGUAGAUCCUCACCAAAGUUUUUGUUUACAGAUGUAGCUGUCAAAACUGAACAGCUUACCUCCUUGAUCUUUUAAUGCAGAGUGGCAGGCUUUUGACAAGCACACAAAUCAACCAUGGAGGAACACGAUCAAAGCCGGCUCGAGGAACUGCUGACCUGUCCGGUGUGUCAGGACAUCUUCAGAGAUCCCCGGCAGCUGCCCUGUGGUCACAGCAUGUGUCAGAGUUGCCUGAACAACCUGCUGGAGCACUCCUCUAAUUCUCCCUUACGCUGCCCAGACUGCCGGGCACAGUUUGGAGAGGUGGUUGAUGUGCAAAAAAGCUACGCCCUGGCACACAUUUCAGAGGACUACAAGCUGUUCAAAAGCAGAAGGGAAAAGUUGGCAAAAAAGGUGUACUGUGACUGCUGCCCAGAAAGUAAAACUCUGGCUUUCAAAACGUGCCUGAAAUGUGAGGUGUCUAUGUGCAAAGACCAUGUUACGAACCACCUGGAGCUCCCGGCGUUCACAGGACACCCUCUGGUUGACCCACUGAGCGACAUCGUUGAGAGGAAAUGUCCGCAGCACGAGGACGAGGUGCUGAGGUACUACUGCAACUCCUCCAGACGCUACAUCUGCAACGUCUGCGCUCUGGACAGCAAGCAGCUCCGUAUUGGAUCUGAGAUCUCCUCUGUCCUCCAAAGACAGCUGACUGAUCAUUUAAGUCAAGAAUUCAAAGCGCUCUUUGACCAUGUGGCAGAAUCUACUGGAGCCAUCAGCAGACUGCAGGAAGACUUUCAACACUACAGACGGCGUCCUCCAGAUCUGCGAGUCAACGGAGUCACCUUCAUCCUGCUCUUCCUUUGGUUUAUUGUUCUGUAUUACGCUUACAGCUACUUUGUGGAAAACCAGAUGUUAACGGAGACGCUGGAAAAGCAAUGCCCUAAAACUCCAUCAGAAACGCUAUAGCGGACUGAGGACCUGUGAGCGGCAUUGAGUCUUCAACUAAACUCUUCUGUCAUCUACUGGUCUAUUUUCUGAAAAUCUCCUUCUUUUGUUUUUAUUUAAAUGUUUCCAUUUGUAGCAAAAAAUAUUUUUAAUGAACUAUGAGAAGACAGAGUAACAUGUGAAAUGAUUAAAUCUGAGUUGGAAAAAAA